GCCGCUCGAUCCACCAGCACGAGAGCAGCGAUCAUCAGGCCCGACACACUGUUGGAGAAGGACGGCGAGCGAGCGAGCGCGCGCGCGCGCGCCCGCGCACCCAGUGCGGCAUUAUUUCAGGCGGCAUCGCAACCGUGCGACGCCUCAGUCGACCGACAGACUGCACCAGAUGCUGAUCGCGGCGUGGUCGCACUACACAGAGAGAGAUUAAGAGAAGCGGGAUAGAGACAGAGAGAGAGAGAGAUAGAUCGUAAAACAGAAAGUGCAGUGUUGCGGAAGUGACCGUGAUCUUGAAUUGCUGGCUUGAUUAACGCAGCAACGCAGGCGUUGGAGUCAACCACCCAGCAGAGGCCCCCGCGAGUGCUAGGUGUGUGGCUUGUGUUUCGUUGUGGAACACUCUGCACCGCCUGAAUCAACAAUCAACGUGCUGUACAAUCAAACUUGCGGCCUGUCUGUGCGGCCUUUGCUCGCAAGAGGACACGCCGCAAACCACGCCAGGUCUUGUCAACAACAACAACAACAAAAGUGCGCAAAAUCGGCACGACCGGGCAAGAUUCGCACGCUCGCACGUUCGCCCUGGUGGCCAGUGACAUUUCUAUUAAUAGUGAAAAUUCUUUCAACACAAACACACUCCCCCGGUUUCAACCAAAACAAUCGGUGUGAAAAGCAAAACACGUAAACGCGCGAAAAUAAUCGUUGCGUGCGUAAAACAAUCGUCGCGGUGCGUUUUCGGUGUGCGCAGACCGCAGACCGCACAAGACGCAAAGAACGCUGCGUCUAGCCGCGCAGGUCGCGUGAGAAAGGACUUUCCCCCGUCUUGCGCCAAGGAAAGGAUCCCUCUCAAACCGGGCAUUCUAUAGGACCUGCGACGCUGACCCCACGGAGGAUGGAGCGGACCGAGCUGUUGCUGGCAGAGAUGACCGAAGGGAGCAGCAGCACGGUACAGGCGGCGUCGGCGGCCUACACCGCCAAACUGAUCGGGCGUGCAGAAAGCGAAGUGCCGAUGGUGUCGAUGGAUGGUGAGGCCCACCCGAACAUGACGCUGGCCGCCGUCGGGCUCGGUGCACUGGUCGCACUCAUCAUACUGCUCACGCUGAUCGCCUUCAUAACGCGCCGCGAGCGAAGUGCGCAAAGCAAGGACCCUGGCGGGCAAGGACCCGGAACGCCCGCACCGGUCCCGACCGGCGGAACCCGACCCAAGCGACCCGACACGACACCGAGCCUGGCUGCUGCAAGGUGUCCCCCGGUGGGACCUGGUCCCGCGCCACGCUGCGUGACGUUUGCGAACGAUUUCGAGCUGGCAGACGUAGUGGUAACGCGAAUGUGAAUGCAAGGAACGGGAAGCCUUCUCGACGAACGCACUGUUGUUGCUUUUGUUGCUGUUGUUUUUAUUGUGUAUAGAGACUGCUUUGUAACACGCUACAGAGCUGCUAGGUGGUAAGGGAAUGCGUGCGGGGGAAAGCAACGGAUGCAACCUACUAGGGCGUAGCUUUAAGUGUGUGUUGCGUGCGGAGAUGUAACGAGUGCACUUGGGUGUUUAGAAUUAGUGGACUGGGCCGCGCUGAAGUGGUUCGGCAUUGGUAGAUUCGGUGGCUUUCUGGCGCUUCCUUCGUGUGUGUGUGUGUGUGUGUGUGUGUGUGUGGUAGCUUCGCAAGUUCUAAGUUACAAGAGUUCUUCAAUGAUCUUCGACUAUUGGCGGCACACUUUCUGCCCUCUUUCCGACUCCCGUUUUUUUGCAAUGACAGCGCCAUCUACGAAUGUCACGAUGCUGUCAUUCCAGAAAUGGUGCGACGUGAUACUUUUGGUGCGAUAAUGAUGAUCUUGUUGAAUCUUCAGGGUCGUGGAAACUGGAUACAGAUGAACAUUGACACUCCAAUACGGGUGACACCUUACUCCACAUCAACAUCCCACAAGAGGCAGCAAGAUCUUCCAUCGUCGUCAUCAAACGUAUCAACUCACACUCUAUCAGCAAAAGGUGCAGAAAGUGUGCCUCAACCGUCGGAACUCGGACGCCCGCAACUCCUGUAAACCACUGCUGGCACUGGGCCAGCUGCAGGGGCGGUGGCACAUCACACCACAUCCUUAUGCAACGAACGCCCGUCAAAUGCGUCCCAGCACCAUCGCCAGCAGGGCCAUGCGCACAUACAUUCCAUACUCGGCCUGGCGGAAGUAGGCCGCCCGCGGAUCGCUGUCAAUCUCCACGCUGAUCUCGAAGACGCGCGGCAACGGGUGCAUCACGAUCAUGCGCCGCUUCGCGAGCGUCAUUAUCUGGGGCGUUAGGAUCAGCUGUCCGCAGCACUGCAAGAAAGCCAAACAGCGGGGUUUUAGGCAGACUAGGAAAUAUACCAUUAGGGAGAGAGAAACGGCUCACCUUCUCGUACUCCUGCUCGCUCUCGAACCGCUCGCGCUGGAUGCGCGUCAUGUACAGCACGUCCGUGUCGGCGAUCGCGGACUCGAGCGUGUCGAACUGGCGCUGCGAGAUGCCCUUCCGGUCGACGUACUCGCGGAUGUGGGCCGGCAUCUCCAGCCCGGGCGGGCAGACGUACCGCACGUUGACGUUGUACAUCGUGAGCAGCCGGGCGAGCGAGUGAACCGUCCGGCCGUGCUUCAGGUCGCCCGCCAUCGUGAUCGUCAGCCCGUUCACCGUGCCGAUCUCCUCGCGUAUCGUGAAGAUGUCCAGCAGGGCCUGGGUCGGAUGCUCGCCGACGCCGUCGCCCGCGUUAAUCAGCGGCUUGCGGCAGUGCUGGGCAGCGCGCUGGAAAUAAAAGUACCACACAGUACGAAACAAAACAAAAAAAAAACGAACAGCAAUUGUUAUUGAUUCUCGCAUCGCGGCGCUUUGGCGCUCUGUUGAACGGUUCUAGUGGUGGGAGUGUUCCCAAUCGAAUUAAUUCAGAAUAAAUAAGAAAGGUAAGAUCUGAGUUAAAUCACUCAUCACUCAGUAACUCUCAAACGAGUCAGCCAAAAAUGUCGAUUCACCAACACUGAGUUACUAGUUGAAGCGAAGAGUUGAAUCACAAAUCAUUUCAAAAUCAGCUUCAGUUGAAAUUAAACCACUGAUUGGGAUCUAAGGAAGGGAUUUUUUAACUAAAAAAAAGUAAUUCAUCACAAAUGAGCUACGAUUCGGUAAUAAGGGAUAAAUUAUUAAUCGAGUUUUAACUUUCAACAGAGUGAAUCGACUCACGAGUUACACAAUUCACAAGCAGUGAGUUGCUAAUCCCACUCUUUGAGCUUGAACACUGGAAAGACCUUAAACCGAACGAUUGAGUAAAUAUAAAUGAAUUGCUAAACGGAA